AUGUCAGCCAGCCUUUUCCCAGCCCACCAGGGCCCGGGGCGGCUGGAUGAGCUGCACGGCAGAGCCCCGCAAGUGCCCUGCCCGGAGGGGCUGCUGGGCACCUCGGUGCUGGAUUUCGUGGCCGAUCUCUCCCUGGGCAACCCCCAGGGAGUCCCCGGGUCUGGGGCGGGCCUGGGGCUCUGCGAGAUCACCACCGGGCCUCACUUCGGGGACAGAGUCCUGUCGCUUCGGGAAGGGAUGGUCCGAGGUUUGCCCCUGGCUGCUUUCGGAAAUGGAGAUCCCGAAGACGAAGAAGAAGAGGAAGAGGAAAGGAUGCGCAGCGCUUCCCUCCUGGACAGACCUAGGAGAAAACGGGUCAUCACCUACGCCCAGCGCCAGGCUGCCAACAUACGGGAGAGGAAGAGGAUGUUCAACCUCAACGAGGCUUUUGAUCAGCUCAGGAAGAAGGUGCCCACCUUCGCCUACGAGAAGAGGCUCUCUCGGAUAGAGACCUUGCGUCUGGCAAUAGUGUACAUCUCCUUCAUGACUGAGCUCCUGGACGGAUGCAGCAGACAGGAGGCGAGCUAG